AAGAUCCAAGCUUAGCAGUAGAAGAGGAAGACGAAGAUUUCUAUGAGAAGAUCGAAGCUCCAAAGUUCGUCCUUUCACCUCCCUGACUGCUCUUUUCCGGACCAUAGGUCUUGGUUCUGUGCUCGCAUCGGUUGUGACAGAAACAUGAAGAGAUAGAUCCUGACGAGCUUAACCGAAGUUUCAUGCUACGGGUUAUGGCAGCUAGAAGCCCAAACGUAAGGUUUCAGAGAACAUUGAGCAAGCAGAGUUUAAGAGCAUACACAAAAUGCCCACAAUCAGUCCCAGCUAAAUCAACCAAAAAUGGAAUUUCUAGAAUGAGUACCUUGAAUUCAAUCAGAGAAAUAUCACUAUGUCCAAGCUAAAGCAACAUCCGAUAACUAGUCUGAGAGAGACAUCGAUCCAGAAGAGAGCAAAGUUGCCUACAUUGGCAAGUGCGAAUAAACAAAACACAACCAGCAACAAAAAAUCACAUGCCAAAUACCUGAAGACAUCUGAUACUGUGGUGGCGUCAAAGGAUAGAAAUCUGGUCAAGUCAGCUGGGUCAAGCAAAGAUCCAAUUUCAAAGAUUUGUUCUGAGAAGAAGAAGAAGAAGAUAAAAACAGGAGGUGAGAGAAAACGUUUAAAUGUUACCAAUGAUGAUGAUAAAGAGAACAAUUUGUUCACUUCUGUAAACAAAAAUCUGCACCCAAAAGUGGCAAUUUCUGAGGUUAAGGGCUUGCAGUUUCAGAAUUCGAAUCCUCGGGAAGCUCAAACCAAAGCUUUCCAGGCACUAAAACCCAAGAGAACAACAAACCCCAAACCUUUCAGAUUAAGAACAGAUGAAAGAGGAAUUCUUAAAGAGGCAAAUUUGGAGAGGAAGCUCAAAGUUGAGUUCAAGAAAGAACCAGCAACACUGUUCAACAAUAUACAAGAGACAUUGUCAAGCCAAAUUUGCCAAAAGUACACAGGCUCGCAAGUGCAGGGGAGGAAAGAAAGGCUCCCGGCUGCCUGCAAGGAAGAAAGCCUGCAACAAUUCCCAAGAAACCAAAGCUCCACCUGCAAGGAAGAAAGCCUACAACAAUUCCCAAGGAACUAAUGUUCCACCGAAACCAUGUACCAAAGAAUUGCAUCAGGAGGUUUGAAAUGGCCGUUUCAUGAAAUUUAAUGCACUCUACUGUACCAAAUACAUGUGAUCUGAAUUCUUUUGUAGAAAUUAAGAAAUCAUAUUUUUCUAUGGUGGCUUCUACUUAUUUCAAGUAGUAGCAUUUUGUAGUUUCUCAGUGUUUGUUUUUUAAUUGUGUGGAUGAGAGAGUUGCGCUAU